AGCUGUCUGUGAGGGUGCGGGGGAGGCGCCAUUUUGGGCCCGCGGCAGCGCGAAACGCCGGGGAUUUGAUUGUACGCGGCGCGGGGGUCGGAGCGGCAGGUCCCUAGUACCAAGUCCCGGAGUGGGGGCCCUGCCCCGCCCCCCCCACCAGCAGCCUGCGAGCCCUGAGAGGGAGGCGGGGGCCGAAGGCCCGCGAUGGAGGCGGAGUACUACGGCGGGGACCAGUCAGAUGAUGGUGGAGCCACCCCAGUACAAGAUGAGCGAGAUUCAGGGUCUGACGUUGAAGAUGAUGUAAAUGAUCAGCAUUCUGGAUCAGACAAUGAAAGCUUAGGGCAUCAUUCAGAGAAUGAACAAAGUGAUGGAGAAGAUGAUGGCCAAACUAGAGGCCAUCACAUGACAGACUCUGAAAAUGAAGACACCCCAAGGCAAAAAGAUAGUGAUUCUGAAAAUGAGGACCCUCCGAAUCACAAUGCCAGUGAUUCAGAAAAUGAAGGGACUCAUGGGGACAAAGACAGUGAUUCUGAUAUUGAGGACCAUCCAAUUCAUCAUAUAAGUGACUCUGAAAAUGAGGAUGUCUUAAAUCACCAUGCAAGUGACUCGGAAAAUGAAGAACCUCAGAAAGUUCACAAUAGCGAUUCUGAAAAUGAGGAUCCCCAUAAGAAUCUGCACAGUGAGUCGGAAAAUGAGGAACAUCAAAAAGGUCAUGCUAGUGACUCUGAAAAUGAGGAGCCUUUAAAACAUGCAGCUAGUGACUCUGAAAAUGAGGAGCUCUCGAAACAUGCAGCCAGCGAUUCCGAAAAUGAGGAGCCUCCGAAACAGGCAGCUAGCGAUUCCGAAAAUGAGCCUCCGAAACAGGCAGCCAGCGAUUCCGAAAAUGAGGAGCCCCUGAAACAGGCAGCCAGCGAUUCUGAAAAUGAGGAGCCCCCGAAACAUGUAGCCAGCGAUUCUGAAAAUGAGGAGCCCCCGAAACAUGUAGCCAGCGAUUCCGAAAAUGAGGAGCCCUCGAAACAUGCAGCCAGUGACUCUGAAAAUGAGGAGCCCCAAAAAGUUCAUGCUAGUGACUCUGAGCACGAAGAGCCUCAGAAACAUCCUGCAAGUGACUCUGAGAUCGAAGAUGUUCCCAGACGCAAACAAAAAAUAGAGUCUGAUGACAGUGACGGAGGGAAUGGGAAAGAGGCAAUGCAGAAUGACUCUCGGCAUUCAGAUAGCGAGCAGGCAGGAGAAGGAUUUCAUGCGUCUGACAGUGAGGAGGAAGGUCCUAAGAGACGGAAAAUAACAGACAGUGAUGAAGACGAGGAGAGAAAUGAGGACAAGGCAGUCAAGAGGAAAGCAGCAGUCUUUUCUGACAGCGAGGAUGAUGAGAAAACACAAGCUGCAAAGAAAGGGCGCAUCAUCUCAGAUGUGGAAGAAUCUGAUAGCGAUGCAUCAGAGAAAUCUGACAAAAGAAAGAAGAAUGCUGUAGCAUCAGAUAGUGAAGAAGAGGAGGAGAGCAAGGACAGCGCCGGAAAGAAAAAAGAAGAGAAGGAUCUUUUUGGGAGUGACAGUGAAUCGGGAAAUGAACAAGAGAACCUGAUUGCAGAUAUAUUUGGUGAGUCUGGUGAUGAAGAGGAGGAGGAAUUUACAGGUUUUAACCAGGAGGAUUUGGAAGAAGAGAAAGCUGAGGCAGAGAUGAAAGAGACAGCAGAUGAUUCAGACUCUGAUGAUAACAUCAAAAGAGGGAAACAUAUGGACUUCAUGUCAGAUUUUGAGAUGAUGCUACAAAGGAAGAAGAGCAUGAGUGGCAAGCGCAGACGAAACCGUGAUGGUGGGACAUUUAUUAGUGAUGCAGAUGAUGUAGUCAGUGCUAUGAUUGUUAAAAUGAAUGAAGCUGCAGAGGAAGAUAGACAGCUGAAUACACAGAAGAAACCAGCACUAAAAAAGCUAACUUUGCUACCAACUGUAGUUAUGCACCUUAAAAAACAGGACCUUAAGGAAACUUUCAUUGACAGUGGUGUGAUGUCGGCCAUCAAAGAGUGGCUUUCCCCUCUUCCAGAUCGGAGUCUACCAGCACUAAAGAUACGUGAGGAGCUCUUGAAGAUCCUGCAAGAGCUGCCUAGUGUGAGCCAAGAGACCCUGAAGCACAGUGGAAUUGGGCGAGCUGUAAUGUACCUCUACAAGCACCCCAAGGAGUCAAGACCCAACAAGGACAUGGCAGGGAAGCUAAUCAAUGAAUGGUCUCGACCCAUCUUUGGCCUUACCUCAAACUACAAAGGAAUGACAAGGGAGGAAAGGGAGCAGAGGGAUUUGGAACAGAUGCCUCAGCGAAGGCGAUUGAGCAGUUCUGGCGGUCAGACCCCUCGCAGAGACCUGGAGAAGGUGUUAACAGGAGAAGAAAAAGCUCUUAGACCUGGUGAUCCUGGAUUUUGUGCUCGUGCAAGGGUUCCAAUGCCCUCCAACAAGGAUUAUGUGGUCAGACCCAAGUGGAAUGUGGAAAUGGAAUCUUCCAGGUACCAAGGCACCUCUAAGAAAGGGGUGAGUCGACUGGACAAACAGAUGCGGAAGUUCACAGAUAUCAGGAAAAAAAGCAGAUCAGCCCACGCAGUGAAAAUCAGCAUUGAAGGCAAUAAGAUGCCAUUGUGACCCUUCACAGAAUACUCCUUGAUCUCUGCUGAGAGAUCUGCACCCAUAGACUCUUUGGAGACCUUGAAAUUUUUUAACAAAAUUGUUUUUUUAGUGGAUCUUUAAAUUGUUUGUUCAGCUUCUGAAAUAAAAUGUUGUCUGAGGAUUGUGAAUCCUGGGACUUUUCCCUCCUGACUGUAUUUAAAUUUGUUCUGUUGUGUCCUUUGUACAGAUCAAAUACUUGUUGUACUGCUGCCCACUUUAGACAAUAAAAUAUACUUCUGUUU